AUGGAGAAGACAAAGACGGUGUAUCAACUGGAGACUCCAUUCUCGAAGGCUGAAUGGCCGAAAAUCACACAAGAAGACCAAGACUCCAUCUUAGAUCUUCUCUGCGACGUCCUGUCACCCAUCUCUCAUCAUCGUCAAGCCUACAAGACGGCAUCCAAAGGCAAGCGUAACAAGCGGAAGAGGAAGCGCGAUCAGGAGUCUGAGCCGCCGGUAGAGCGUGCUGUGCCACCAUCACCGGCUAUUGCUACUUUUGUGGAAGUUGGCCUGAGCACCAUCACGCGGAAUCUCCAGCUUCUCAACUGCUCCCCCACAGGUUCAGAUCCACAGGCACAAACACCUUCAACACAAAUAAGUCCAUACGCCGUCAUCUUCAUAGCCCGCUCAGGGCCUCCCUCGGCGUUCUUCAGCCACCUGCCCCAGAUGGUCGCCACGGCAUCGAAGUUUCACCAGCUCAGCGAGCCCGUGCGGCUGGUCGGCUUCUCGAAAGCUUGCGAGGAGAGGCUCAGUGCUUGUAUGGGUAUACCGAGGGUUACGAGUGUGGCUCUCCGUUCAAAUGACACAACCCAGGCGAGGGCACUGGUCGAUUUUGUGCGGAAGACGGUGCCACCUGUUGUGGCGCCUUGGCUGGAGGAGGCCGGAAGGGGGAAAUUCCUCGAGACGAAGAUCAAUGCUUUAGAGGCUCCUGUAGGGCAGAAGCGUUUGAAGAAAGGGUGA